AUGACUACCAGUCAGUGUUGCUGUGUCGGCGAUUCAGUAGCUCCGGAUGCGUUAGAGUUUGCAAGCGUCGUGGACGACCAACGCUGGUUGGAAGGUGAUGGCCCGCAGUUCCACAAGGCCAAUGCCACACCUACAACGUUGCAAAUCGAGGGAGAAGAGUCGAGUGGAUCAUGGAGACAACAUUAUCCUGUUCCGUUGGACAGCCUGCUCGCUCUGAUGCGUGCCAACUCGAUGGUGCCGCAAGGUUUGCCGCGGUUCAGCCGGCUCGCCUCGAUGGGCGCAGGGCAAGUCGCGUCGAGAGACUUCUAG